ACUACUGAGAAAUCUAGCUAUGAAGUUUUGGCCCAAUUAUCUAUAUAUAUCAUCAGUCUCUUCUGUUUUUCAAAAGAAUAGAUUCUUAGCCUUUUUUGCUUUCUCUGAGCAAAUUCCUAGCCGUUUAAAUCCAAUAUAUCAAUCUCUUUAACACUUCAACUGAUCAUGGCUUCCAUAGCAGAGAAGGAUGAUAAAGAUCAUCAAUUAAACGGAGAGCUGUACAACGCUCUGCUGAGCGAAGACGCGGAGAUGAAGGUUAUGGAGCUCUGUGCACGUUUUGAUGAGCAUGCGUUCCACAUACUGACCAUACACAACGACACAGUGCUCCACAAGGCCACUUACGCGAAACAAGCUAACUUGGUACUUAGCCUUCUCGAAGACUUGCCUCCCCGCCAUCUCAACAAAAUGAUCUGCCAAAACGAAGCCGGCAACACUAUCCUUCACGAGGCAGCUACUCUCGACCAAGAAAACUCAGUCGAUGUCGCAACGAAGAUGUUAGAGAAAGCCCCGAAGUUGUUGACCAUGACCAACAAACUUGGAGAAACUGCACUCUUUCGGGCAGCCCGCUAUGGCAAGACUGACAUCUUCAACUUUCUGGCAGAUAAAAUCUCGGAACAUCAUGAUGAAGCCAGCCAGCAACCACUAAUUCAGAGGACGGACAAGACCACUAUUCUUCACGUCGCCAUCCUUGCUCAACACUUCGAAACGGCUCUUGAAAUAGCUAAACGAUUCGGACAUAUAAUUGAUGAAAGAGACGGUAAUGAUAUGACUGCUCUUCAGCUCCUCUCAUGCAUCCCUUCAGCUCUUCACACUGUGCCCAAACUCCCCAAGAGAAUUUACGGCUUUGUCGAAAUGUACUGUAGUUCGGCCAGGGGCAGUGAUGUUCGGAAGGAAAAGUUAAACAAGAAAUCAGCUUUGGAGCUUGCCAAGUUAUUAGUGAAAACAGAUACCUCAUGGGAGUUAACUAGAUCUCCAAUUGAACAGAGUAAGACGAAGCUGCACAAAGACGUCGGUCCAUCUACUAAGAAAGAAGGUAGUGGAGAUGGGCGAUCCUCUUCUAUUUCUCCAAAACAGGUGGAGGUGGGAGGAAUUACACCAUUGUUUCUAGCAACUAAGUCAAGCUGCAUAGAGAUCGUCAAAGAAAUACUGGAAAUAUAUCCCCAGGCAAUUGAGCACAUAGAUAACGAACGGCGGACUAUAUUGCAUGUAGCUAUCCAGUACCGCCAGUUGGAGGUUUUCGACCAUGUUUCGAAAAUGGAAGUAGCAAUGAGGUGGCUGGUGCGAAGGAUUGACAGCAAUGGGAACACCAUUCUGCAUAUGGUUGGAAUAAAAAGAGAGGAUUAUAUACCUGAAAAGCUGCGAGGCCCUGCAUUUGAAUUGCGAGAGGAGCUGCUCUGGUUUGAGCGCGUGAAGUUGGUCACAAAAGUCCAUUUUGUUGAUCAUCGGAACAACGAUAAUCUGACUGCUGAAGGCUUAUUUGCUAGUACCUACAAGGAUCUCCGAAACGAUGCCAAAGAAUGGCUAAAGAAGACAGCAGAAGGAUGCUCCAUCGUGGCAGUUCUGAUUUCAACAGUUGCCUUUGCUGCAGCUUACACAAUACCAGGAGGUCCAAAUCAGAAUACUGGGGUCCCAGUCCUUCUCUCUGAACCUUUCUUUGUGGUUUUCACUGCAGCUGAUGUACUCUCCCUUGCAUGCGCUUUGACGUCAGUGGUUAUAUUUCUUUCAAUCAUCACAGCGCCUUAUCGUUUGGACGACUUCAAGUAUUCUCUUCCUAAUAAGCUGAUCUUUGGCGUCACAUUUCUGUUUCUCUCUGUGUCGAUGAUGAUGAUAUCAUUUGCAGCAACAAUCGUUCUCAUGAUAUGUAGUAAAGAAAGCUGGACGAGAAUUGCCCUAUAUUCCCUUUCUUUCUUUCCAGUCGGUAUCUUCGCACUAUCAUAUCUCCCCCUCUAUGUCUCUCUGACAAGAACUUACAAGUACUUGCUCAAGAAGAUAAGGCAAGAAACAAUUCCUUGGAGUGCUAAGUGGUUUCGAUGCCUGUCUAAAUCUUGCAGUUGUCCUCUACAUCAGUUAACCGGUCCCACUAAGCACAAAUCGGCAGCAACACAGACCUCACAUUUAUCCGUUUGAACUAUUUGUGCUGAAUUAGUGGAUACUACUGCCACCAUGUUUCAGAUACUCGAUUAGUUAGUCUGUUAGUUAAUUAGUUUGUAUCUUUGUUUACUUCCAUUACUGCUAUUGUCUCUCAUCAAUUUAAACUACCUAAUGUUCAUUUUGCUGAAGUUAUAAACAUAUGGGUACAGUCCAACUCUCAGAAAAUCUAAUUCUCACAAAUGUUCUUUCUAUGCCUUCCUUUUCAUUUAAUUUGAUAUCUGCAAGUCAACUCAUCCGUGAUAUCAAAUGUUGCCUCAAUUUCAUUGCUGAUUUUUGUUUCAUUCAAAACUUGCACACUUGGAGGACGAUUGGAAUAGGUAGAGAGCAGGGUGACUUAUUCCAUUUAACGCAAUUAUCCAAGGCGCCUACUUCCUGCAUUGCAAUCUUCUGUUUUUCAUUCUGCCAAGGCUUUAGUUUCAACUUCUAUUAAGACAGGUUCUGCCGAUGUCUAGCAUUUUCGUUUAGGACAUCUAUCUUAGUCCAGAAUGUCUUUGUUGCAUGAUUUGAUUUCAUCUGUUCCUUGUAAAUCCAUUCAUAUCUGUACAGUUUGUCCUUUAG